UGCAUCUUUCAAAGAUAUUGCUACUAUUGUAGCUGGUAUAAAAUAACACACAAUGAUACAUAAAUAAAUAAUUAAAAUUUAAAUAUAAGGUAAUUAAAUAAUUGAUAAGGUUUUAUUUCAGAUAAAUGUGUGAAUCCUGAAACUAAAAGACCAUACUCAGUAACUAUGGUAGAAAAAGCAAUGAAAGAUGUACACUAUUCUGUAAAACCAAAUAGAAACUCUAAACAACAAGUAAAUAUCAAUUAUCUUUAGUACUCUGGUACUUUUAACUAAUUUAUUGUAUUUUUUUGUACAGGCUCUUGAAGUUAUACAUUUAAUUAAAGCUGUGUUACCACUUGAAAGAGCUAUGAUGCGAUUAAAAAUUGAAUCAUCUAGCAAAGAAGCAAAAAAACUAUUAGAAAAAUUUUCAACUUUUGCGUCAACAGUUGAAUCAUUACAUUGGGAUUCUGGGGAACUUACUUUGGUACUAGGCAUAUACAUGUAUAUUACAUUAAAUUAUUUGAUAUUUUUAUUAUGUUUAUGUUAUUAAUUAGAUUCUACUUAUCGAUCCUGGAAAUUAUAGACAAAUAGAUGAACUCGUACGAACAGAUACAAAAGGUACUACUAACAUGGAAGUUCUUAGUUUAAAAGAAGUCAUAGAAGGAGAUUCAUUUUUAGAUUGAUCAUUAUCACUUUAUUUUUAUUAAUUUUUUUUGUAUUAUUAUUAUAAAAGCUUGCCUAUUUAAUUAAAAAGAACUGAUGAUUUAUUAAUACAUUUAGUUAUUGGUAUAUUAAUAACAUAUACCUGU